AUGUCCGUCGAGAUCGAUCCGGUGGAACUUGGGUUCCGCAGGCCUUUCACUGUGGAGGUCUCGCAGGUCCUCAAGAUCAAGAACGUCAACUCGUCGCCUAUCGCGUUCAAGGUCAAAACAACAGCCCCUAAGCAGUACUGUGUACGGCCAAACUCGGGUCGCAUCGAACCUGGUCGCGAUGUCGAGGUGUCGGUCCUCCUGCAGGCCAUGAAGCAGGAACCGCCCGCCGAUGCUAAAUGUCGCGACAAAUUCCUCGUUCAGUCUGUCGUUAUCACCCCCGAGAAGGAGUUCACGAACGUGACACAGAUUUGGGACGGCGUAGAGAGGUCUGCGAUCCAGGAGAAGAAGAUCAGGGUCACAUGGCUCGCGCCAGCAAACGAUGGCGCGGCGCAUUCGGUCGCGACACCCGUCAGGUCCACGGCCGUCAACGGGUUCGAGUCAACCCCCGACACCGCGCCUCCGUCCUACGCUUCACCCCACGACGAUGACACCACUGCGCUCGAGGACACCACGGCCAUGUCGACGAAGCUGAUCGACAUCGACACCCCAGAAUCCACCCCUCAGCGCCAACAACAACCACCCGCACCAGCCUUCGCCGCCCCGGCCGCCGUCGCCGCGACCGUCAAAUCGGCCGCGAGCGCCACCUACGAAGAGCUCAAGGAGCAGCUCGCCAAGGCCGAGGCCACCAUCGCCUCGCUCAAAACCGAAGUCGCCAGCGGUCUCAGGCAGCGCAAGGCAGUCGGCACAUCCUCGGAGGGCGAGAGCAGCAGCAAGGCGGCGCCGCAACUCGCGCAGCAGCAGCCGCAAGGCCGGGCUACGGAGGGCGUGCCGGUCCAGAUUGUGGCGGUACUUUGCCUCGUCAGUUUCUUGCUGGCGUAUUUCUUCUUUUAA